UUUUUCUUCAGCGCUUCAAUUUUAGGGUUUUGAUUCCCUACUCUAUUCAUUAAUCAAGAUUUUGAUUCCAGAUAUUGUCACGUUUGAGCAUAUUUUUGUUGAGGUUUUAUGUUUGCGAUUGCUUUGAGGGUGUUGAGAGCGUAGUUAUUUUUGGGAAUAGCAGUGGGGGAGUUUGUGGUUUCAUUUUUUUUGUGUCGAAAACUGAGGUUGUAGUGUUAGGGUUUGAGAUUUUUGUGUUUGUGUUUGUGAUUGGGUUUAUGGGUGAGAAAAGUGUAGGUUUUGGAUGAUAAGGAUUGGGAUUUUUUGAAGGUUAAGAUUGGUAAUUAAUUUUGCGGUAUACUGGAUAUUUGGGUUUUGGAUUUUAUCAGAUUGGACUGGGCGUGAUAUCUAGGGUUUUGGAGGAUUUGGGGUUUAUAUUUAUCAAUGGAGUUCCUCACUGGAGUUGCAGAGAAAUGAAAUUGGGUUUAGGGAGAUUGGGUUUCAUAUUUCUAACCCGAUUCAUGGCAAAGGGAGUAUUUAUGGGGUUUCCAGGGCGUUAGGUUUUGCAGUUCCCAUUGGGUUUGCUGAAAGUGGUGGAUGAUUAGGGCUUUGCGUACUUAAGCAAAGGGGGAUAAGACAACAUGGCGGCGUUAGAAGAUGACAUAGCCAGGAUUCAAGAAGAGAGGAGGAAGAAGGAGAAGGAGCUCGCUUCCCUAACAACUGUGACAUUUGAUGCCGAUCUCUAUGGUGGGGGCAACAAAUUUGAGGGCUAUGAGCUCUCAAUUCCUGUCAAUGAAGAUGAGGAAGAAAAUCAAGAUGUAGGCGAGCGUGCAGUUGCCCGCAAACUUGCUUCAUACACUGCCCCAAAAUCUGUCUUAAAUGAGGUGCCCAAAGGGGGUGAAGAAGAUGACGUGGGUUUCAAAAAACCCCAAAGAAUCAUUGAUCGAGAAGAUGAUUAUAGAAGGAGAAGGCUUAAUCGAAUCAUCUCGCCUGAUCGAAAUGAUGCCUUUGCGAUGGGAGACAAGACCCCUGAUGCAUCGGUGAGGACCUUCGCUGAUGUCAUGAAAGAGGAGUCCAUUAAGAGAGAGAAAGAGAAGGAAAGGGAGGAGAAAAUGCGCCUUGCGAAGAAGCAAGAAGAAGAGGAGAGGGAGAAGGCUAGCGAUGGUGUUUCUCAAGUUGCGGGUGCUCAAAAACGAAGAAAUCGAUGGGACCAAUCUCAAGAGGCUCAAGAAAGUGUGAAAAAACCCAAAGUUUCAGAUUGGGAUGCUCCUGAUGCUACACCGGGGAUAAGUCGUUGGGAUGCUACUCCAACUCCGGGUCGAGCUGAAGCUGUAACUCCAGCUACUGGGUCAAGGAGAAAUAGAUGGGAUGAGACACCAACACCAGGAAGGUUGGCUGAUUCCGAUGCUACACCAGUUGGUGGUGUAACGCCUGGUGCUACACCAGCAGGCAUGGCUUGGGAUGCAACUCCAAAGCUUUCGGGUGUGGCUACUCCAACACCCAAAAGGCAACGAUCUCGAUGGGAUGAGACCCCUGCAACAAUGGGUUCUUCUACUCCUCUUCCUGGUGCUACCCCAACUGCCUUUACGCCAGGCAUUACUCCAGUUGGUGGGGUUGAUCUCGCUACUCCGACACCCGGUGCUAUUAAUAUAAGAGGGGCAAUGACACCUGAACAGUAUAAUUUGUUGAGGUGGGAGAAGGACAUAGAAGACAGAAAUAGGCCUCUGAGUGAUGAGGAGUUGGAUGCGAUGUUUCCUCAGGAGGGUUAUAAGAUUUUGGAGCCACCGGCUUCAUAUGUACCUAUAAGGACACCAGCAAGGAAGCUCCUUACCACCCCAACCCCUAUGGGUACACCUUUGUAUUCAAUUCCUGAAGAGAAUAGGGGGCAGCAGUUUGAUGUACCCAAGGAGGCUCCUGGUGGGCUGCCAUUUAUGAAACCUGAGGAUUAUCAAUACUUUGGGGCUUUGUUGAAUGAGGAAGAUGAAGAGGAAUUGUCACCAGAUGAGCAAAAGGAGAGGAAGAUCAUGAAACUCUUGCUGAAGGUGAAGAAUGGUACUCCUCCACAAAGGAAAACAGCACUAAGGCAGCUCACUGACAAGGCUCGAGAAUUUGGGGCAGGUCCACUUUUUAACAGGAUUUUGCCGUUGCUCAUGUCUCCUACUCUCGAGGACCAGGAGAGGCAUCUUUUGGUUAAGGUCAUUGAUAGAGUGCUUUACAAGCUUGAUGAACUAGUCAGGCCUUUUGUGCACAAGAUACUGGUGGUUAUUGAGCCACUCCUUAUUGAUGAGGACUACUAUGCCAGAGUUGAGGGAAGAGAGAUCAUCUCGAAUCUUAGCAAGGCUGCUGGUUUGGCUACCAUGAUUGCAGCUAUGAGGCCUGAUAUUGAUAACAUAGAUGAGUAUGUUAGGAAUACAACAGCAAGGGCCUUCAGUGUCGUGGCUUCUGCACUUGGGAUUCCUGCUCUAUUGCCCUUUUUGAAGGCAGUCUGUCAGAGUAAGAAAUCAUGGCAAGCUAGGCACACUGGUAUUAAGAUCGUGCAGCAAAUUGCCAUUCUCAUGGGUUGUGCAGUUCUUCCCCAUCUGAGGUCUUUAGUGGAGAUCAUAGAGCAUGGGUUGAAUGAUGAGAACCAAAAGGUGCGAACCAUUACUGCUUUAUCACUUGCUGCCCUUGCCGAAGCUGCUGCUCCUUAUGGUAUUGAGAGUUUCGAUUCAGUUUUGAAGCCUUUGUGGAAAGGUAUAAGGUCCCACAGGGGCAAGGUCCUUGCUGCUUUCUUGAAGGCCAUUGGUUUUAUCAUCCCUCUCAUGGAUGCGAUGUAUGCCAGCUACUAUACAAAGGAAGUUAUGGUCAUAUUGAUUCGAGAGUUCCAGUCUCCCGAUGAGGAGAUGAAGAAGAUUGUUUUGAAGGUUGUUAAGCAGUGUGUGAGCACUGAGGGGGUGGAGGCUGAUUAUAUCAGGACUGAGAUUUUGCCCGAAUUCUUCAGAAACUUUUGGGUCAGGAGGAUGGCCUUGGAUCGUCGCAAUUAUAGACAGUUGGUCGAUACUACUGUAGAGAUCGCUAACAAGGUUGGUGUGGCUGAUAUUGUUGGAAGGAUCGUUGAGGACCUCAAGGAUGAAAGUGAGCCAUACAGGCGUAUGGUUAUGGAGACAAUCGAGAAAGUUGUUGCUAACUUGGGGGCUUCCGAUAUAAACCCUCGCUUGGAGGAGAACUUAAUUGAUGGAAUCUUAUAUGCUUUCCAAGAGCAAACAAGCGAUGAUGCCAAUGUUAUGCUCAAUGGGUUUGGAGCAGUGGUCAAUGCCCUAGGACAGAGGGUGAAGCCCUACCUGCCCCAAAUUUGUGGUACCAUUAAAUGGCGUUUGAAUAAUAAGAGUGCAAAAGUGAGGCAGCAAGCUGCUGAUCUCAUCUCUAGGAUUGCGGUGGUUAUGAAGCAAUGCCAAGAAGAACAACUAAUGGGUCACUUGGGUGUGGUGCUUUAUGAGUAUCUUGGAGAAGAAUACCCUGAAGUCUUGGGUUCUAUACUAGGGGCAUUAAAGGCUAUCGUGAAUGUUAUUGGAAUGACGAAAAUGACUCCACCCAUCAAGGAUUUGCUUCCCCGAUUGACUCCCAUAUUGAAGAAUCGACAUGAGAAGGUGCAAGAGAACUGCAUUGACCUUGUUGGUAGGAUUGCUGAUCGUGGGGCAGAGUUUGUGCCUGCAAGAGAGUGGAUGAGAAUUUGUUUUGAGCUUCUCGAGAUGCUCAAGGCCCACAAGAAGGGAAUCCGAAGGGCUACUGUUAACACCUUUGGGUAUAUUGCUAAGGCCAUAGGGCCACAAGAUGUCUUGGCCACCCUACUGAACAACCUAAAGGUUCAGGAGAGGCAAAAUCGUGUUUGCACCACUGUGGCGAUUGCCAUUGUUGCUGAGACCUGUUCCCCGUUCACGGUCUUGCCUGCUCUUAUGAAUGAGUAUAGAGUUCCCGAGCUUAAUGUACAAAAUGGGGUUCUCAAAUCUCUCUCUUUCUUGUUUGAGUAUAUUGGGGAGAUGGGAAAGGAUUAUAUAUAUGCAGUGACUCCAUUGCUCGAGGAUGCUUUAAUGGAUAGGGACCUGGUUCAUCGGCAGACUGCUGCCUCUGCUGUGAAGCACAUGGCUUUGGGUGUUGCAGGGUUGGGUUGUGAGGAUGCUUUGGUUCACCUGCUAAAUUAUGUGUGGCCAAAUAUAUUCGAGACCUCCCCCCAUGUGAUUAAUGCAGUCAUGGAAGCAAUUGAAGGGAUGAGAGUUGCUCUGGGUCCUGCUGCUGUUCUAAACUACUGUCUUCAAGGGUUGUUUCAUCCAGCUAGAAAAGUUAGGGAGGUUUAUUGGAAAAUUUAUAACUCUUUGUACAUUGGUGCUCAAGAUGGGCUUGUGGCUGCUUAUCCUGUGUUAGAGGAUGAGGGGAGUAAUAUAUUCAGUAGGCCAGAGUUGAUGAUGUUUGUUUAGAUGAAAGCUAAAUAUGGUGUAGGAUCUACAUUUUCCUGUACGUGCCAUUGAACAUGAAGGCCAUUGGCUCCCCUUUUUACUUUUUUAGGUAUUCCUGCUCAUGUAAUAACAAUAUCUCCAAGUAUUUGAUGUAUCCUUUUGUUUGUGUUUUUCUCUUGGUUGGUUGAAGCUGUCUACGUUUGAUACCCUUAUUUUCUGUAUCAUAUGGCUGAUCUUCAAUGUAUGAACGUAUCUCUUGUUAA